AUGUCACAGCCAGUCUUUUUGAAAUUCGACGAUGUCAAAGGACAUCAAGAUUUCCAGAUGAAAAUCAACCGAUUCGGCACUGCCGACUACGACUUCGAGUUCUCCUGCGGCUGCGGCUUCCUCGUGCCCACUAUCGACCACCUUUACUUCGCUGACCUGUCCGGUUGGAUGCUCAAAUUCUACGAAGGAGUAGAUGUGGAAAAAGAACAGUCUAACUGGAACGAUCCGCACUUCAAACGAACUUCUCACGUCUUCUGCGACAAAGAUGGCGAACAAGACUUCCGCAUCCUCGAUCUCAUCAAGAAACGAAGACAGCGCCUCGCGACCGACAACAAAUAUCCCGAUGUCCUGAAAGACAAGGAAAUUUCGAUGCACCACGAUCGUCUCCUUCAAAUCUGCUACAAGACUCUCCUCACUCACGAGAAAGAACCCCGCUUUCCAGAAUCCAAGAAGUCCCAAAGGUCGAAACAGAAGACGACCAAUACACUCAUCGAGAAGCCCCUGAUGAACGAUGAUGAGCUUGUCAAACUAUUCAACGAUCCUGCGACCGAACAGAAGAAAAACAAGAAGACCAAGAAGAACAAUCAACGAAAGCCGAAGAAGCCAACGAAGAAGUAA